AUGUCGAAGAUCAUGGAUUUUGGAUUGAGUUCAGUUGAAGAAUUCACGGAUCCAAUUAUCGGGUUGUUUGGACCCAUUUGUUUCAACGGAGAUUUGUUGACGGAAAUCCUCCUCGUAUUGCCUGUUAAGUCCAUCGUCCGGUUCAAUUGUGCGUCAAAGCAAUGGCGCCACCUCUUUCGGAAUCCCGAUUUCGUUUCCCGACAUUUUAGAAUCAGCCGGAAGAAGAAGCGUCUCAUCUUAUAUUAUUGCGAGGGCACCCUCGACACACCCGUCGUCGUCAUGCGCUUCUUUGUCGACCGAGACCUCGUCGAUUACCGCGACAUGCAUGGACAGUUGCCACCACAUUUCGUUAAUAUGUUCGUUUUCACCUUUUGUGUCGGAGGUGGACUGAUUUGUUUGCUUGAUUGGACCAAUUCUCGUAUAACCCUAUCUAAUCCCGCCGCAAGAGAGUUCAAGAUCCUCCCCGAAUGCAACGAAGAUAUUCCGGACAAGUCGUAUACUUUUGCGCAUACUCUCGGAUUCGGAUUGGACCCUCUGUCCAAUGACUACAAGGUGGUUCAUAUCCGAUCGUACGUGGACGAAGAGAACAACAAGGUGGUUCAUGGAGGGUGA